AUGGACCAGCCGGACAGUCUGGAGCUGGCUGAGGCCACAGCUGCUGAAGGGACCGGUGGCACAAGGGAGUUUUUGAGAUUAAAGGGGACCAAUAACCCAAUCCGCUUUGCAGGUUUCCUCUCAGAGUUGAAGCUGGCUGUGCCCUGGGGCCACAUUGCUGUCAAAGUCUGGGGCUUGCAGAAGAACCCUCCAGUUCUCUGCCUGCAUGGCUGGUUGGACAAUGCCAACUCCUUUGACAAGCUCAUUCCUUUUCUUCCAAAAGACUUUUGUUAUGUGGCCAUGGAUUUCGGAGGCCAUGGGCUUUCAACCCACUACAGCCCCGGUCUCCCCUACUACCACCAUAACUUCGUGAGUGAGGUCCGAAGGGUGGCGUCAGCCUUCAAGUGGACUCGGCUCUCCCUCCUGGGCCACAGUUUUGGUGGCGCUGUGGGUGGCUUGUUCGCCUGCAUGUUCCCUGAGAUGGUGGACAAACUGAUCUUGCUGGACUCGACGCCACUUCUCAUGGACUUGAAUGAAGUGGAGAACAUAAUGACCUACAGGCGGAAGAACAUAGAGCGGACACUGAAGGUGGAAGACUCCCAGAAGCCCCCGGGCAUCUUCAGCCCAGAGGAGAUGCUGCAGGAGCUCCUGACUAAGAACAGCCACUUGAAUGAAGACUGUGGGGAACUCCUCCUGCAGAGGGGAACCACGAAGGUGGCUGAAGGUUUGGUGCUGAACAGGGACCAGAGGCUCUCUUGGCCACAGUACAGCUUUGACUUCGUGGGCAAGGAGCUGACUAUGCACUCUUUGAGGAGGCUGCAGGCCAGCGUGUUAAUAAUCAAAGCACUGGACGGGUACUACGAUGUGAGACGGGAGAACGAUUUGAAUAAGGAGUCCUUCCUCCUCAUGCUGGACAUGCUACGAUCCACCCUAAAGGAGCGGUUCCAGUUUGUGGAAAUCCCAGGCAAUCACUACAUCCACAUGAACAAGCCCCAGAUCGUGGCUGACAUCAUCCGCUCCUUCCUACAGGGCCCACCGAGGACAACCCCUUCCAGGCUGUAGCUCUGGAAUCUUGUUCACACUUCCCAGCUGCCUCCACAUCAUAAGCGCCCUCAUCCCACAAAAUUGGUGGGGGUGGGCAUGGGGCUUGAAGACCAGGAGAGGCAGCAGAGAAUUCUACAGCAGAGCUAGGGGGUAGGGGAAAGAUGCUGGUCUUAUCUGUGAUUUUGAGAAGGGGACUGGGGUGUUGGGUAAGCUUGGUGAGCUGGUGUUAUGGAAGCAGGGCUGAGGGCUGGUCCUCUGGGCUCAGAGGCUUCUGGAGCCCCUUACCAGCUGUGUGGAAAUAAAAUCAUCUCCCACCUU